AUGUAUUUGGUGAAGUUGGGCAUACUGGGAAUAAGGUCCUUUUCCCACACAGAAGUGGAGACUUUGAAAUUUACACGGCCAUUGACCUUGAUUGUUGGCCACAAUGGAGCAGGCAAGACCACCAUAGUAGAGUGUCUUAGAAUGGCGACAACGGGUGAAAAUCCACCGAAUGCGAACAAGGGACACAACUUCUUGCAUGAUCCAAGGCUUCUAGGAUUGGUGGAUGUAAAAGGUCAAAUAAGAUUGAUAUUCAUGACUAAGAUGCAUGGUAGUCACCAUAUUGGUCUGCAAGGGAGACAGUCGCAAUCAAGUGUACAAUCCGUUGAUGAUAUUAGUGGGACCGGUACUAGUCAGAAGGCGGAUGAUAUUCAAGUUGCUACCGUGCGGAAUUUCUCAUUAACCUGUUUGGAUAAGAAUGGUACUACAAAAUCCACAUUCAAAGCUAUCGAUAGCGUUGUUCAAUUAAAGAUGCCAGAUGGACGUUUGAAAAGUAUAACGAAUAAAUGUGUAGAUAUAAAUAGCGCAAUUUUAAGCUACUUGAGAGUCCCAAAGAGCGUGCUUGAUAGCGUGAUUUUCUGUCAUCAAGAUGACAGCGGUUGGCCAUUGGCAGAUAGUGCUACCUUAAAGAAAAGAUUUGACGAAUUAUUCGGCUCAAAUCGUUAUAAUAGAACUUUAGAGAUUCUUAACGAUCAACGGAAGAAUCUUACCAAACUCAGCAAGGAGCACAAGCAUGAAUACGAACUAAUUAGUAAGGAUGUUGAUCAGUAUAACCAUCUGUUGGCAAAUUUGGACGUGUAUGAGAAGGAGUUGAAUGCUUUAAAGGAGACAAAAAAACAGUAUGAGAAUAAUAUACAAAAUUUGGAAAAUAAAAAAAAAGAAAUAAAAAUAAAAUUAAAUAAAUUACAAGAUAAAAUUGUGGAAUUAAAACAUAUACAACAUAAUCUCAUCAAAUAUAAAAAAGAGCUUAGUGACCUACAGCUAACACUAGGUGAAUCGCUAAUAGAAGAUGAGCUGGCUGUGAUGGAACAAGGUUUAGAAAAGUACAGAAAAGAGAAUAUGAUUGAUGAAAAGAAAUUGGAACUAGCUCAAGAGAAUAUAAUGAGUAUAAAUGAGAGGAUUCGUGAUUUGUUAAAUCAUAAAUCCAAGGUUGCUGAUAGGUUCAAGGAGCAAGCUAGACUUGAACAAACUAUAAUCUCUUGUAGAGCUGAGAAUAUGAAAUUACGUGACGAAUUAAUGAAGGAGAUAGCAAAUGGUGAAGUUCACGACUUGGAAAAUAAAGAGAACGGAGAUGUAUUAAAGAAGAAAGUAAUGAUGUAUCUUACAAAAAGAGAACAGGAUUAUUGGCCAAAUAAGAAGUUGGGUUUAAUUAAUGAGGUAUCCGGAAUAGACUUAAAAAUAAGUGAAAUGCGAACAAUAUUAACCGUAAAGGAAAAGGAGAUGAAUGAUUUACAGCAGAAACUCUGGUCAAUAGAGAGUCAUAAGCAUUUGCAAGAAACACGAAGUAAUUAUCAAGACAAGAUUAUCCAACUAAACCAAUCAGUACCCAUGCAUCAAAUAGUUCAGUACCUUCCUAGUGACUUACCUGAUCGUACUAGCACUGAUCGUUCUACCAAGGAACUUACCAGCACUGAUCGUUCUACCAAGGAACCUAUUACUAAUGAUGUUCACAUAUUGGAGUCAACCACUAAGGGUGAUGCAUUUCUUCUUGAAGGUAGUUUAAAUGACUUAGGAAAAAUUGAUAUGAUUGUUUCGCUGCUACGAGCUCAGCUCGAUAAGGCUAAUACUAACUUUGUCGCUUUGGAAAAGAACGAGCAUUUGAUUAGGGAGUAUCAGGAACGGAGCGAUCGUUUGGAUGGAUUAAUAAGGCAAUUGGAUGUGGCUGAAAAUGAGAGACAAGCUCACGAGACUAUGUUGCGGGAGAUGGAGGAUUUUGAUAAUAACAGCACUAUAACUAUAUUACAAAGAUCUAAGACGUUGCUGGCUGAGUAUGAGAAAUGUAAAACAGAAUUGGAAUCAUCCUUACAAGGUCAUUUCUCCAAAGUUGGUGAGCUAAAUGGGAGGGUUAGUUCAUUAAAAGAUCGCCUGGAUUUGAAUCUCUUAUCGAUUGGAGAUGAAUUGGACUACAAUGCUAUAGACUAUGAUAAAUGUAUACACGAGUGUGAAACCUCAUUAGAGGUUUAUAAACGAGAUUUCAUUAUGGCUCAGAAUGCGGAAACUUUAUAUUCUAAUUUUCAUCAAUACUCAAUGAAGAAAAAGAAAUGCGCUUUCUGCUUUCGUCCGUUUAAUGAUGAUGAAUUAAAAAUAUAUAAUAAUAAUAUUAAAUCAAAAUUGACAGAUAUUCCUACAAAAUUAGAGAAUUCUAAAAAAUUAUUAAGUAAAUGUGAACAUGAAUAUGACGUACUUAAACAUGAUUUCGAGUUAUAUAAAAAGAUGGAAGUUCAUAAAACUGAGAGACAGAAUACUGAAAAGGAACUCAAAGAAGUUUUAAUGUUGUUAAAAAAUGCCAAAGAUUUAUUAAAUCAAGAUCAAGUCGGUGUUAAUAAACUUAAGCAUAAAAUACUUACUAUAAGUAACGCAAUCAUGAAAGUAGACAAGACAAUACAGAUUAUAGAUAAUUUAAGAAUACAAGUAAAUCAUGCGGAAAAUUUAUUACAAGAAACUCAGGAAAAAGCGGAAGGUUCAUUAAUAAAAGCAGGUCAGAAACGUCCUAGAAAUAAUUUGGAUAUUCAAUCAUCAAUUCAUGAUCCAAUUGAGCUUAAAAAUCGGAUAAAGCAAUUAAAUUUAUUAAUUGAUAAAUUAUCAUCUAUACAACAUCAAUUUGUUGAAUUAAAAACAAAAAUAGAAAUUAUAGAUAAACAACAGGAACUGGGUGAUGAUACAGGUUUGGAUAAUAAUCCAUUUGAGAUAGGAUAUGAAUUAAAUAAGUUGGAUAAUAAUGAGGAAAAUGUUCGUAAAAAUAUUGAAAAAUUAAAUAAUUAUAUUAAUGAUAUAAAAGAGAAAAUUCAAGAUGGUCAAUUUCAGAAAAAUAAUGCCCAAAUAUUAUUGGAAAAUAUUGAGAAAAAAAUGAGAGUGGAAUCUGGUGCUAUUGGAGAAAAGUUAGAUAGGAUACAGGUGAAUGAUAUGGCAAUAAAUAAGGCUGAAAUCGAGGUCAGAAAAUUUGAUGAUACGUCUGAAUUGUCACAAUUGGAUCGAGCUCUUGAAAAGACACAGGCUGAGUUGGAGGAUCAGAAUGAGAACAUUGUGAUUUUUAAGAAGAAGAUUGGUCUUAGAGUUGGUUUUAUUGAGAAGCUAGUUAGUAGUAUUAAGUGUGUUGAAUUGGGUUUAAUGAUCUCUGAGUGCGAGGAAGAAAUGGGACCUCAUCAGAGUAGAAGUGAAGAACUGAUUUCAUUGGAGCGGGAUAUGUGUUUGGUUGAUGGUCAGCUUAAGACGGAGCAGAUGCAAUUCAAUCAAUGUCAAGGUAGGAUUACCGGGAAGUCGGAGGUUAUAGAGAAUUUGAGAAAAGAAUUGGAACACAAGAGAUUUCAAGACUGCCGAAAAAAACAGCAGCAAGCAUACGUUCAAUAUUUUGUGCAUGAAACAGCCUCAAAUGAUGUCAAGACUUAUAGCGUAUCUUUGGCGUCUGCCAUUAUGAAAUAUCAUUCAGAUAAAAUUCACCAAGUAAAUCAAAUUCUGAAAGACCUGUGGCGUCAGGUCUACAGUGGCACAGAUAUCGACUACAUAAUCAUCACUGCAGAUGCAACGGAAGCCAAGAACUUCAACUACCGGGUCUCUAUGGCCAGAAAUAAUGUUCAGCUGGAAAUGAGAGGCCGGUGCAGUGCUGGGCAAAAGGUCCUCGCCAGUAUUAUUAUUCGCCUCGCACUCGCGGAAACAUUCGCAGCGCACUGCGGCAUACUCGCACUCGACGAACCCACGACUAACCUGGACCGGCGCAACGUUGAAAGCCUCGCACGAGCUCUAUGCCACCUCAUUGAGUCAAGAAGAAACAGGGACUCCUUUCAACUCAUCCUUAUCACACACGACGAGGACUUUGUGGAAUGCUUGAGACAAAUGGGAGCUGUGGACUCGUUUUUCCAGGUCCGAAAAGAUGCAGCAACCGGCACUUCACACAUUUUUCAAGUCAAUUGCUCUCGAUGA